AUGUUGUGUGUGACUGAACGGUUUAUUGUAAGUGAAAUGCGUGAAGUGAUUAAUUGGUUCGCUCCGAAAGUUGUGCUUCCCGAUGUAUUCCGGAUCUAUGAAAAUACUGAUCUAGUUCUUCAGCAGCAACGAAAUCUUUCCAUUAAUACGUUAAAUGCCGGAAGCUCGUGGCCAAAAGAAGACGUAAUAUCAAUCGAAAGCUCAGGUAGUCAUUUGGCUUUACUAGCAGCGUUUUAA